GCGCCAGACCGGGAGAGCGGUGCUGGCGGCCGGACGUGGCUGAAGAUUUCGCUCCUCAGACGCUGUCGUUGUGCCAGGUGACGCCCCACCCCAAAUUCACCCACCCAAGAAGAUGUUGAGAUCAACGGUCAGCCUGGCUCUCCUUUUGGCAGUCCUCCAAGUCAGCCAUGGCCAGCGGAUCAAAAGACUAACGGCCUGCGUGUCGGAUCAAACCCUGCGGAUAGACUGUGCCUACGAACGCAAAACCAGCAACGCUCUGACCUACGAAUUCCGCCUCUCCAAGGAUACUGGGGUGGGAACAGUUGUGGCCGGCAACAUCAACGUCGCCAGUAACCUCUACAAGUAUCGCACCAACGUCACGGCCACCCAGGACCUUGUGUGCCUGUACCUCGCCAGCUUCAGCACCAAAGACGAGGGGGUCUACACCUGCAAUUUGAAGAUCACCAACGAUUACGAAGACAUGCGGUCCAGGAACAUCUCGGUGGUCAAAGCCCAGUUGGCGAGAUGCUCCGGGAUCAGCGUCUUCAUCCAGAACACCUCCUGGCUUCUCCUGCUGCUCCUGUCGCUGCCCUUGCUGCAAGCUGUGGAUUUUGUCUCGCUGUGACGGGAGGAGAA